AUGGACACGUUAUUAACUGCCCAAAUCGCCGCCAAUGCUCCCCGUUACCGUCGGAAGAGCUCAACCUUCAUAGAUGCCAUCCAUGACACCCCCGAGGAGCAAGACAGGGCGCCUGCCCAGCUCUACAGCACAAUGUCUGGCCGACUUUUCCACUCUGGCCGCAUUGCGAUUGUAAUGGUUGGCUUGCCUGCCCGCGGCAAGACCCACAUUUGCGUAUCACUGUCACGUUACCUCCAAUGGCUUGGCGUCAAGACCCGAAUUUUUCAUCUUGGAGAUUAUCGAAGGGCAACUGUCGGCAACCAUGGUGCCGUCCCCGAGGACUAUUUCUUCCCAAACGCAUCACCCGCAUCCGUGAUUUUGCGGCAAAAGAUUCUCAAAAAGUGUCGCGAAGACAUCUAUGCCUGGCUCAAUCACGAAAAUGGUCAAGUCGCCAUCUACGAUGCCGUGAAUCCCACGGCUGCAGGCCGCCGAUCCCUCGCUAAGGAGUUUCUUCGCCAUGAUGUUCAGACUCUCUUCAUCGAGUCGUUUGUUGACGAUGACCGUAUUCUCAAGGAGAACGCCCGGAACGUAAAAAUCUCAUCGCCUGACUUUGAGGGAAUGAAUCCCGACGAGGCUGCUAGGCUGUACUUGAAGCGGAUCGAAGCAAAGAUUCCUGUUUUCGAUACCAUGGAUGAGACCGAGCUCAAUUUCAUCAAAAUGAUCAAUGCCGGCGCCAAGUUCUUUUACAACAACGUCAGCUUCAACUACCUCUCACACCGCAUCGUCUUCUACCUGACAAACUUGCACAUCAAGUCUCGGGCAACGUACUUUGUCCGAGCUGGUGUCACUACUGAAGAGGAUUCCUACAAGGCUGACGCUCCGCUUUCGGAAGAGGGAUUCACGUAUGCGCGGCGAAUGUCGGACACCCUCCUGAAGCAUCGCGAAGAGAAGCGCAGAAAGCUCAUUGAAGAGGGUGGCCCCGAUGUCCCCGUGAAGCCACUGUCUGUAUGGUCCUCCACUCGACUUAGAACCAUCCAGACCGCGGAGUACCUCAAGGGCAAGGGAUACAAGGUUCGACAGCGCUCCCAAAUGAGCCAAAUCAACCCCGGAGUCUGUGAGCGCCUUUCUGAGCGCACAAUCCGUCGACGGUAUCCGGAAGAGAUUGAGAAGCAUGAAAGGGACCCGUAUCAUCAUCGGUACCCUCGAGCCGAGCUGGACAUCUUGAACGAGUCUAACCGCAUCCACAUCCCCGGUAUCGAUCCUCGUAUUAUUCCUGGCUCACCUCAAGAUAUUCGCAUCCCGGUACCGCCGGGUAUCGGCAGCGGACAGAUGAGCCCGAUUCCGGGGCUAUCCUCCCCAGUGGAGACCGCCGAGAAGAACUUUGAGAAGCUGGUGUUUGAGAAACACAAGCCCUUAGGAACUCCCCGCCUUCGGAUAAAACAACAAAGGCGCCAGAAAUCGUAG